GAGCCUCUCUCGGCAGGCGCCCGGGUGCCGCGGGGAGGAGGGGUGAACAAAGGGCUCAUUCUCCCCUUGCGCAGCCGGUGGCAUCGCCGGGGCGUUGGCGGAAGCCCCCGGGGCUCAGGAGGGGGCAGGCCCAGGCGGGGCCGCCGAAUCACGGGCUCCUGUUUCCCUCAGGGUGCUGGAGGAGGAAACCGGCGGAGCAGCUUCCCCACUCUCAGUUGCGCGUCUGGCGAUGGCGAUCGGAGGUCCUGCUGCGCUCUCCGCUGCGCUCUCCCUCCAUUAGCCGCGCCUCGCGGUGCUGCGCCCAAGCCGGUGCCUCUCUCGAGUCACGGGAUCGGCCCCCGUUCCAGGCUCGACCCCCUCCCCCGGCCCCCCGGCCUUUCCCCCCACUCAGCCAUCUCCGACCGGGGCGCGCGUUCCCCCCGGCCCGGCUCCCUCUUUCUCUCCGGGGGCACCCGCUCCCUAGCCCCGGUCCGGCCCUCCCCAAGGCGCAGCACGGAGUCUCGGCGUCCCAUGGCGCAACCCACGGCCUUGGCCCAGAAGCUGGUGCGGCCGAUUCGCGCCGUGUGCCGCAUCCUGCAGAUCCCGGAGUCCGACCCCUCCAACCUGCGAUCCUAGA